AUAAUCGCUUCUGUUACCAGCUCUACGAAACGGCACCUUUGCUUCAGUUAAAACUAUUUUUAAAACCGCCGCGACGCCAGGAAAUACACAAUAUUUUGCGCUCACCAAAGUCAACAGAAUUUAUUAAGUGCUGAAGAACCUGAAUGAAAUAAAACCGAGCGACCUUUAGCGGGCCCUGAAUCACGGAGAGAGUCGGAUCAUGAGUGAAGAUACCUACCAGAUAGAGACGCGACGGCGGUCCCGCUCCAAGACCCCCUUCCUUCGCUCCAGCUGCGACCACGAAAACUGCGAGCACGCCGGCGAGGAGGGGCAUGUGCACCACCACAAGAAGAAGUCUUCUGCGGCCCCCAAUGUACAAACGAUCGUAGAGGAGCAUGUGAUCGAGUCGAGCCUCAACCUGAAGGCCUACAACAAGGCCUUCGCUCAGCUGACCUCGGACUAUUCCAGCGACGACAUGACGCCGGGGGCAAAGCGUAAGGUGGCCACGACCAAGACCACGGUCACCACAGCCUUCACCAAGCGGUCAGGAGGCGCUACUUCUACGCCGCGGAACAGGAGUCAGCUAGAGACUACUCAAAAUACACUGAACUCCGUGCAGGAAAAGCUGAACCAGUCGAACGGCAACCUUAGCUCGAACAAUGUGAGCGACUACCUGGCCUACAUUGAGUACCGGGAUGCGGGUGAAUACUGGAACAAAACUCCCAAGACGGAUUACACCUAUUCGGAGCUAUCCCCCCACCGACGCCAACUGGCGCCAGGAAUUGUGGCAAUGCCUAACAUGUCUCGCAAGAGCCUUGGAAACCAUGACGAGCGCGUCAACUAUAUGGUCCAACAGAACCCGGAGCAGGAGGAGUUUAUUCGCCGGCGCUACCAGGCCAAGUACACCCAGCACUUAAACUACGACUCCGCCGACGAGCUGGACGCUACCCUUGGACAGAAGCAGAAGCAGAGCUGGUGGCUCGUGCGACUGAUUCAGUUGGUGGUAACCAGCAUCACCACCGUGUGGACUCGCAUUACGAACGCCUCGGCCACGGAAUCGAACGCAUAUCACACCUACUACGCUAGGCGUCAGACCAAACAGCAAGGCGGCGUUCUGGCCCGAGCGGCCCAGUUCGUUGGAGGCGGGGUGGCGAGUCUGCUUCGCUAUGUUUACAUUUUUAUUGGAUCGGUGCUGAGUCUGGACACGUGGCUGCUGCGAUCUUCGAAUGCGGAAAACAAGUCCAAAAAGCGUUUCCUCAUCUUGUUGCUGUUGCUGCUGCCCCUUCUACUGCUGACAGGCUGGUCGCUUUUGCAGGAGGACCAGCGUGUGGGCUACGUGCAGCGGGCUGAACUGUUGCUUCCUCUGCCCUUUACCCUUUUGGCUUCCCUCCAAGGACAUCUUCUGAGCGCUGGAUCCACCGUGAAGAAUUGGCUGCCCGCCGUUAAGAUUCCUCAACAAGAACCGGAAAACAUAAAGCUCAACAUAGCCGGCAUUGAGAAGAACAUACAGAAGGCCUUGACCGCGGAGGAGUACGAGAACAUCCUAAACCACGUUAACAGCUACAUGCAGCAACUGGUAGACCUCAAGCUGCAGCAGCACGCAGAGAAGCAGCAACAACUGUCCCCGCAGCAGGUGCAGAUUAUUGUCCAGCUGAUGAAGGAGAAUCUCCAACAAUUCGCCGCCACCAAAACACAGCUCAGCGAGAAGGAUCUGGCUGACUUGGCCCUUAAGGUUAAGCUUGAGUUGCAGAACUCGGGCGUGUGGCAAUCGGAAGUGAAACUCACCCCCGCCAACUUGGAAGAAAUUACCAAACUCAUUAAAACAGAAGUAAACUUACAUCAGUCCCAUUACACCAUCCAGUUGGAGCAACUGGACUUUGGGGCGCUGCUGGAGCGCAUUCUAGGGGCUCCUGAGCUGGCCGAUUUUGUGGAUGCCCGCAUCAACCUACGUGUACACCAGCUGGAGACCAAAGAGGGCUCCGGAACCAUCGCUGCCGAAGAGAAGAUAGAACAGUUGAACCGAGAGGUAGCCUUCAUUAAACUGGCCCUCUCCGACAAACAGGCCGAAAACGCCGAUCUCCAACAGUCGCUCAGCAGCCUGCGGCUCAGUCAGGAGGACCUAAUAGAACGCAUGCAACAGCACGAACUGUCCCAGGACCAGCGCUUCAGUGGUCUGCUGGCCGAAAUCGAUGCCAAGUUGGCCGCUCUCAACGAUUCACAAUUCGCGCUGCUCAACAAGCAGGUGAAACUGUCUCUGGUAGAGAUUCUGGGCUUUAAGCAAGCUACCGCCGGCGGUGCUGGGAGCCAGCUGGACGACGUAGACUUGCAGAACUGGGUCCGCAGCAUGUUCGUGGCCAAGGACUUCCUGGAGCAGCAGCUUCUGGAGCUUAACGAGCGCACCAACAACCACAUUCGGGACGAAAUAGACCGCUCCAGCAUUCUGCUGAUGAGCGAUAUUAGCGAGCGGCUCAAACGUGAAAUGCUUUUGGUGGUCGAGGCCAAAAACAACGAGAGCGCCGGGGCACUUAAGGGCCACAUCCGCGAGGAGGAAGUACGCCAGAUCGUUAAAACCGUCCUGGCUAUCUAUGAUGCUGACAAGACUGGCCUUGUAGACUUUGCCCUGGAGUCGGCGGGUGGUCAGAUUUUGUCUACGCGUUGCACCGAGAGCUACCAGACCAAGUCGGCGCAGAUAUCGGUGUUCGGCAUUCCCCUGUGGUAUCCGUCCAACACGCCUCGGGUCGCCAUAUCCCCAAAUGUGCAGCCGGGCGAGUGCUGGGCCUUCCAGGGCUUCCCCGGAUUCCUAGUGCUUAAGCUGAACUCGCUGGUGUAUGUGACAGGAUUUACCUUGGAGCACAUACCCAAGAGCCUUUCGCCGACUGGGCGGAUAGACUCCGCUCCCCGCAACUUUACUGUUUGGGGGUUGGAGCACGAAAAGGACUUUGAGCCCGUGUUGUUCGGAGAGUACGAGUACCAGGACAACGGAGCUUCCUUGCAGUACUUUGCCAUCCAGAACCUGGACAUUAAAAGGCCAUACGAGGUCGUCGAGCUGCGGAUCGAAACGAACCAUGGCCAGCCCACCUACACCUGCCUAUAUAGGUUUCGAGUGCACGGCAAACCGCCUGCCUCAUAACGUGUCCCCAUUCCCCCCAUCACUGUCAGGUGUACAUAGUAUGUGUGCCUUAUGAAGGAGAUGAGAAGUCAAUAACUAAGAUAAGGCUUUUAAACCUGUGCAGACUAUGUAAAAAGUAGGCUAUAGCUAUUAAGUAUUUUUGUACCAUAUCGUAGGUGGACUCAAGUGCUUGCAGCCCGUAAGGUUAUUUUGUAUAUACUUAUUUGAAUAAUCGGGCCCUGCCCAAUGUCCACGUUUUGUCCUACAUUAUUUAUUUAGGUUUAGUUUGCUUCUCUAUGAAAUCAUACACCAGUUCCUUUAAGUCACCUCUUAUAAUAUAAACAUAUAUUAUAGUUUUGCCAUUGAAAGCGUUUUGAACUAAAUAGUCAUAGCUCGUUUAAGCCGUAUGCUUGCUUUAUCCCUACAUUUUAAGCUACACUAAGGAUAUAUAUUGAAAUGGCCAGAAAUCUGAAUCUUACUUAAAUUAAUCCAUUUAAAACAGCCAAUUUACAUCUGAAUGAAUCGCCACUACCAAUCGAAUGCAACCCACACAUAUCUGCCACAACUAUUUUCAAGAUAUCCUCGUUUGUAUACGUACACUAUUGUUAAGAGUAAGCCCAAAAAUAGUUUAUAAUUCAUUUUUUGUUACUGCUUGUAAGUUUACUUAAUUGGUAUAGUUUGCAGUUAAGUCGUUUGUUCUUUAAGGUCCACCAAAAUCAUGAAAUAAAUGCG